AUGUUAGAGAAUCAAAUAGCUCAACAGGCUAGCACUUCAAAUAGUAAAGCUUUUGGGAAGCUUCCUAGCCAACCUGAGAAUCCAAGGGAGCAGUGCAAUGCUGUUACUUUAAGAAGUGGAAAGGUAAUGGGGGAAGAACACGAAAUUAAAGUAAAGUUGAAAGAAAAGAAAGAUGAGUAUGAGAGUGAAUCCACUUCAACUAAAGCUAAAGCUAGUAAGGAAGCAAAUGAAGAGAAAAAAGAUAAAAAGAAAAUUGAAGAGAAAUAUGUGCCUCUGCACCGUACAAGCCACCAUUGCCCUUUCCUCAGAGAGUGCAGAGCUAUAUUGCAGAACAAGCUCCCACCUAAGCUGAAAGAUCCUGAAAGUUUUUCCAUAUCAUGUCACAUUGGAGAAACAAGUAUUGAGAGAGCAUUAUGUGACUUGGGGGCUAGUGUUAGCUUGAUGCCACUUUCCAUAUGUGAGAAGUUAAAGGUUGGAGAUCUAAAGCCCACAACUAUUUCUUUGCAGUUAGCUGACAGAUCUAUAAAGUAUCUGGUUGGGAUUUUAGAGAAUGUACCAUUAAAAGUUGGGAAGUUUUUCAUUCCAGUGGAUUUUAUUGUACUAGAGAUGGAGGAGGAUGUAAGAAUGCCCAUCAUACUUGGAAGGCCAUUUUUAGCCACUGCAGGAGCUAAUAUAGAUGUAAAGAAUGGGAAAUUGAAGUUGACAGUGGGAGAGGAGGAAAUAGAGUUUAAUUUAUUCCAACAUUCCAAGGAACCAGCUGUGAUGAAUUCUUGUUAUAGGGUAGAUGUUAUAGAGCAUGAUGCUGAACCUGAAGUUACUAAACUAGAGGAAAAUCAAGCUAUUCCAAUGCAAUGCAAUCAGCAUAAAGUGCAAAAGAAAAAGUCAGCUUCACCAUCUCAUUUGAUUAACAAUGAAGCUUCAAAAAUUUUUGUUACUGUUCAUGCUACUGUUCAUGCUGCUUAA